UCUAUUUUUGUUUGUAUUUAUUACUGUGGUUUUUUAGGUACUGGAUCUGUGGUUUUGGGAAGCUGCUAAUAUGGCAAACAUAAUCAAGAAUGUUAUAAAACCCAGAAAAUUUUUGCAAUGUAAAUUAAGUGGUAAUGUGGCUAGUCUUCAUACAAGUAAGGCCGUCAGCGCCACAUGGUAUGCGGACGAGGAGUAUUUCAAAUCUUUUAACGGGCCGGUGAUGUAUCCCGAUGAACUGACGAAGCGGAUACUUCCACAGCCGUGGAACGCAAAGAAGCCGCUCCUUGUAAAGGAAGUAAAAAAUAUUACCCUUAAUUUUGGGCCUCAGCAUCCAGCCGCUCACGGCGUGCUCCGACUGGUACUCGAGUUAGAUGGGGAGACUGUGAAAAGGUCUGAUCCACAUAUUGGUCUAUUACACCGGGGUACUGAGAAAUUAAUCGAGUACAAGACUUACACACAGGCCCUCCCAUAUUUUGACCGCCUGGAUUAUGUUUCCAUGAUGUGCAAUGAGCAAUGUUUUAGUUUAGCCAUAGAAAAGCUUCUCAAUGUUGACGUUCCUCUAAGGGCCAAAUAUAUUAGAGUGUUGUUUGGAGAACUUACUAGGAUUUUGAACCACAUCAUGGGUAUUUGCACCCACGCUUUGGACGUUGGCGCCAUCACGCCUUUCUUUUGGCUCUUCGAGGAACGAGAGAAGAUGAUGGAGUUUUACGAGAGAGUUUCCGGUGCUCGUAUGCACGCCGCUUAUGUGAGACCCGGAGGGGUAGCUCUGGAUUUACCUUUGGGACUGAUGGACGAUAUUUACGAAUUUGCCUCGAAAUUUGGCGAAAGGUUGGACGAGGUGGAAGAUAUGUUGACCUCGAAUAGAAUUUGGAUUCAAAGGACAGAGGACGUCGGGGUGGUGACAGCCGAGGACGCGUUAAAUCUCGGUUUUAGCGGAGUAAUGUUGAGAGGAUCGGGUAUCAAAUGGGACUUGCGCAAGUCUCAGCCCUAUGACGCUUAUGAUCUGGUGGAUUUCGACGUGCCCAUCGGUACCAAGGGUGACUGUUACGACCGAUAUUUGUGCCGGAUGGAAGAGAUGCGUCAAUCUCUGCGCAUAAUCGACCAGUGUUUGAAUCAGAUGCCUCCCGGUGAGGUCAAAACAGACGACGCGAAAAUAACGCCUCCCAGUCGAACUGAGAUGAAGACCUCGAUGGAAGCGCUGAUUCAUCACUUUAAAUUGUUCACUCAAGGGUAUCAGGUGCCACCAGGAAGCACAUAUACCGCGGUCGAGGCGCCGAAAGGCGAAUUUGGAGUUUAUUUGGUGUCGGACGGAAGUUCUAAACCUUACAGAUGCAAAAUUAAGGCGCCAGGAUUUGCCCAUUUGGCGGCUCUAGAUAAAGUUGGGAAAAAUCAUAUGUUGGCAGAUAUCGUUGCAAUUAUUGGUACUCUAGAUAUUGUGUUCGGCGAAGUUGAUCGAUAAUGUGUGUCGCACCUAAUAUAGUUAUUAUUGUGAUUGUAUUAAUAUUCCCGAGAAUUAAAAGAAAACUGUAAA